GCACUAAUUUCGGCUCUUUCUUCGAUUCUCACGACGAGCUCACGUGUCAUGCCCGCUCUAACGCUCCGCCGUCCGCUCUGCUGCCAUACAUCCCCGCGGUUCUACAAUCUGUCGCUCCGAGCCUGUCACCUAGGGAUCUUGCUGUUGGUUUUCGCCGCCUUCCAGACCCAAACCCUAACGUUGCCUCUGCCAAGCUAUUCACAAUGGCUCGAACAUCGCGAAUCUCAGCAGUCCCCCGAUUUCGUACAGGACCCACGAAUUUCGGAACCUGUAGAGAGUUUGAGCCGCGGUUCAGAAGAACAAGGCGUUUUGUCGGAUUCGGAUUCGCUCGGGCGGAAUGGGCGGCGAAGGUUGUCGCUUUUGAGCAAGCCGCCUCCGCUGCCUCUUAUGGAGGAUCAGUACACGAGGAGGAAGUUAGAACCGAGUGACUUAUAUCGGGAAUGGAUGAACACCACUAAUGGUAACUACCAAAUCAUACCUGAAAGUAGCAGCAGCAGUACCAGCGCCAGCCGUAACGGCACCAGCAGCAGCAGCGACAGCAGCAGCAGCAGCAGCAACAGCUUGGAUCUGCUCAGCCAAGGCACCAGUUGCCGCUGCUAUCGCGUGGCCAACCGCUUCUGCUGCAUGCAGGUACUCUGCGUGUGUCGCCUGCUCUGCUGGAACGGCACCCAGCUGGUCGUUCUCAGACCUCCUGUCCAACCACCAGCUCAAACUCCGGACUCUGCUGCUGCCACCUCCUCCCCUGCUGCUGCUGCUGCCGCUGCUGCUUCUGCUGCUGACCCUGUUGCCGGUGGUGCUGGUGCUGUGUUAAGCAAUAGCAGCGGUACCAAUAACAAAGGUAUCAAUAUAACGGGUAGCAAUACUAGACGCAGAAUGAAGCGGGAAUACGUCACUGACUGGUUUUGCGACCAAUCGCAGCCCGCCAACUCAGCAGCCGCCGAGAACAAAACCCUAACCGACGGCCCCCUGACCGCCCUGCCCUGUGGCAUAUACCCGUUUGGAGAUGACCCGUUUGAGAUGAUAGUGAAGCAGUCGCACUACAAGCAGUGGGGGGAGCGGCCUAUGGAGUGGCUGCAGGAGCGGAUAGGCAGAGCCUGGUGGCGUCCAGGUUCAACGUAUCUGCAGCUUCUGGACGGGUCGACCAAUAACGUGGCGCAUUUCCUUGGGAAGGUGCUGCAGAUUCUGCUGGUGAAUGGGGCCGGGGAAAGGCGUGGGGAGAGGGAUGGGGAGAGGAGGUCGAGACGGAGGAGUGAGAAUGGGAAAGAGGGAGGCGUCAAGGCGGGGUUAGGUUGCCUUCGAGAGGGGUUGCACAGCAACGGUUUCAGCGCCAAAGGCGGAAGCAGUAACAGCACUGGUACCAGCAGCAGCAAUAGCAGCAGCAGCAGCAGCAGCAGCAGCAGCAGUAGCAGCAUAGACAGCACCAAAAACAGUACUAUCGCGACAAGUACUACUUCUGCAAAGGAACGGAGGAGGCUAGCAGAAGUGCAAGCGGAUCCCUCCCUAAAGACUCCACCCCCUCACGAUCCGUCCUCCUCACACGAAUCAUCUUCACUCCAAGAUCCUUCUCCCCUCCCCCACCCACCUCCUCCUCCUCCAUUCCUCCCUCAUGUAAACCCUCCCCAGAAAAGCCCUCCCCUGAAAGUAUCUUCCAUGCGCCCCCCUCCAUUCCUCCCCCAUGUGGAUCGCUUCCUCCUCCCCCGCCACUUCUACUUCCUCCGCAUCGUCCAAUCGUACGGCCCAGAUGGCCUCCACGCCUCCCUCCUGCAGCAUCUGCUCGCAGCCGCCCUCCUCCCGGACCUGGCCGAGGAUUCCCGAGCCUGCGGCCCAGGGUCGGGAGCCAGUGCUGCUGACCCGGCAGCUGCUUCGGCGGCGGGUUAUGGUGGGGUUGGAGCAGGGGGAGCAGGGUCGGAGAGGGAGGAUGAGGGUCCGGCUGAGGGGAUUAGAGGGGGAGAGGGAGGGGUUGCUGGCGAGGGAAAGGAAAACAGUGGCGUUAGUGAGAGGAAACAGGAGGAAUGGGAGAGGGAACUAGUGGAAAGGGUGUUAAACCGUAGCCUGCUGCUAGACCUAAAAACCACGAGCCUGGCUGGGGGCAGAGUGGAGUUGGAGCACGUGUGGGACAAGGCCUCCGAAGCCCAGCCACUGUGUUUUGAGAACGUGGUCCUCCCAGGGAAUCUUGCUGCGAUACUCUACCCCGGAGGGCAGGAGGUUCAGGCGGCGUUUCUGGAGCGGAUUGACCGGUGGAUGGGGAGCGGGGGAGUGGGAGGGAAGGAGGGAGGGCAGGGAGAGGGGGCGCAGGGCGGGGGAGGGCUAGGCGGGGGAGGGCAGGGUGAGGAGAGAAGGGGAGAUGGACAGGGGGGGAGUUCCGGGGGAGGAAGAUGGAGUGCAUGGGACAGGGGGAGAACGGGAGCAGGAGCAGCGAGCCUGAAGCUUGAGCCAGCAGGGGCGGCUCCAUUUAGUGAGAAGAUCCGCCUGCUGUAUCUCCAGAGAACAGCUUCAGCCAAUCAGGGGCGGCGAGCGCUGGACCACACGUCCCACGUGGCGCUGGUGAACCUCUUUUCCCACCUGAAUUUCGACGUGCAGGCAGCGGACCUCGGGCGGCUGGGCUUUAAGGAGCAGUACAUGGCAGUGAGGAGGGCGGAUGUGAUAGUGGCUGUGCAUGGCGCGGCUCUGGCGCCUACAUGUGCGUUUCUGAGGGGCGUUGCACCAGUUGUGCUUGGAAACGAAACGCUGGCAGUUAAUGGAGGUGACCUGAGCAACAGUGCUGGUGGAGGGAGUGGUAACAGCAGCACCAGCACUACUAGCAGCAGCAGCAGCAGCUUGGGCAUUGUCAGUCCCAUCUCAUCUCAAAUCUCUGAUACCCCCUUCUCAUCGCCUCUACUGAAGCCUCUGCCAGGAGCAGUGGUGGUGGAGAUAGUCCCCUUCGGCACGCAGCCGACCCUCUACCAGAUCAUGGCAGUAGCCAGUGGAGCCACCUACAUCCAGCACCAAUGUCAUGCUGCCCGAACGCUGCCCCGCGACGAAGAAUUCAAGCUUUUCUCUGCCCGGGAUUGUGACCGGAACUCCACCUGUAAAUAUUACCGUGUGCAUGAGCGCCCGGUUGAGCUCUCCCAAUUAGACUUGAAAGAAAUGGGCCAUGCGCUUAAGCUAGCAAGGGAAAUCGCUGGGAAGGCGCGGGGCGGUGUGACUGAGGCAGCGGAGGGAUUGAGGGAGAGAGUGAAGGGAGGAUUGUGUCGAUAUGGGAGGAAAUUGCUUUUGGCAGGGUUUUGUCAUCAAGGGUUCGUGCAGUCUCCGUUGCUAGGGGAUGAUAAGGAAGUGUGCGUUUUUCAUAGGAAGUGUGGGAAUGGAACAUGGCCUGCUCCUAAUCAGAGAUUGGAAAGCGGAUAGAUCCUCGCAGAGUGUUCUUUGUAGCUAUGUUAUUGAUGGUGAUUUAUUUUUCGGAAUGUAGUU